UUGGCAUCUUCGCGUGUAAAGACAGGUCUGGAAGCUUUUGCCAGCCACUAAUUAAUAUCACACAGACCAUUAUAAGAGGAAAUUCAGCUAAUAUUCUUCGACAGCCUUUGGCACUCUUUCGAUCACAUCACGACAAAGAUGGCUCAGCCCCUAAAGGAACAAUUUGUUGCUCUUGUUGCAUGCAUCCUGCUGACACUACCAGGUGGCGACAUGUCAUCAACGAUGCAUAUGAUGCCAUCAGAGUCUGCAAGUGACAUGACAUCAAUAGUGCAUAUGAUGCCAUCCCCAUCGGCUAAUGACAAGUCAUCAAUGGUGCAUAUGACGCCAUCCCCAUCGGCUAAUGACAAGUCAUCAAUGGUGCAUAUGAUGCCAUCCCCAUCUGCAAGUGAAAUGACAUCAAUAAUGCGUAUGAUGCCAUCACAAUCUGCAAGUGAAAUGACAUCAAUGGUGCAUAUGAUGCCAUCACAAUCUGCAAGUGAUAUGUCAUCAAUGGUGCAUAUGAUGCCAUCCCCAUCUGCAAGUGACAUGACAUCAAUGGUGCAUAUGAUACCACCACAGUCUGCAAGUGACAUGACGUCAAUGGUGCAUAUGUUGCCAUCCCCAUCUGAAAGUGACAUAUCAUCAAUGAUGCAUAUGAUGCCAUCCCCCUCUGCAAGUGACAUUUCAUCAAUGAUACAUAUGAUGCCAUCACCAUCUGCAAGUGAAAUGACAUCAAUGGUGCAUAUGAUGCCAUCACAAUCUGCAAGUGAUAUGACGUCAAUGGUGCAUAUGAUGCCAUCCCCAUCUGCAAGUGAAAUGACAUCAACAAUGCAUAUGAUGCCAUCACAAUCUGCAAGUGAAAUGACAUCAAUGGUGCAUAUGAUGCCAUCCCCAUCUGCAAGUGAUAUGUCAUCAAUGGUGCAUAUGAUGCCAUCCCCAUCUGCAAGUGACAUGACGUCAAUGAUGCAUAUGAUGCCAUCCCCAUCUGCAAGUGACAUUUCAUCAAUGAUGCAUAUGAUGCCAUCACCAUCUGCAAGUGAAAUGACAUCAAUGGUGCAUAUGAUGCCAUCACAAUCUGCAAGUGACAUGUCAUCAAUGGUGCAUAUGAUGCCAUCCCAAUCUGCAAGUGACAUGACAUCAAUGAUGCAUAUGAUGCCAUCCCCAUCUGCAAGUGAAAUGACAUCAAUGAUGCAUAUGAUGCCAUCCCCAUCUGCUAGUGAAAUGACAUCAAUAAUGCAUAUGAUGCCAUCACAAUCUGCAAGUGAAAUGACAUCAAUGGUGCAUAUGAUGCCAUCACCAUCUGCAAGUGAAAUGACAUCAAUGGUGCAUAUGUUGCCAUCCCCAUCUGAAAGUGACAUAUCAUCAAUGGUGCAUAUGUUGCCAUCCCCAUCUGCAAGUGAAAUGACAUCAAUAAUGCAUAUGAUGCCAUCACAAUCUGCAAGUGAAAUGACAUCAAUGGUGCAUAUGAUGCCAUCACAAUCUGCAAGUGAUAUGUCAUCAAUGGUGCAUACGAUGCCAUCGCCAUCUGUUAGCGAAAUGGCUCCAAUGGUGACUAGCAUUAUUCCAACGGUAGCACCUAAGUGUUCUCCAGGAUUUACUGGAAGUGAUUGCUCCAUAAAUAUUAAUGACUGUGAAUACGAAAACUGCUCAGGAAAUGGAGUGUGCAUUGACAAAAUAGAUGGAUUUCUAUGUGAAUGCAGAAAUAAUUACUUUGGAGAAAAUUGUGAGAAAAAAAUCAGUGCCUGUAGUCCAAACCCAUGCGGAAACGAUGGAACUUGCACAGAAGAUGGUAAAACGUUCAGAUGUACAUGCACUCCAGCGUUUGAAGGGACAACCUGCCAAUCAGAGAAGCCUACCCAAAAAUUUGCCGGCAGAGUGAAACUGGAUCAAGCUUAUGACGAGGAGUAUAAUGAUAUCAACUCACCAAGAUCUCGUGCCCUCAUUACAGUUUUGGACUCGAAAUUAAAAGUAUUUUUAAAAAAGGAGUUUCCAGAUUUAAUAGAUAUUAUUUACAAGAGGUUUUUCAAAGGAAGUGUUGGAGUUGACUAUGAAUUGCUAUUUCCAACAACCUCAAAUGUGACUGAUAGCAACAUCGUGCAAGCUCUUAAUGAAGGUAAUGGCUCAAGCGAUCUGGGGUUUUUGAGGCUGACGGGAGAUAUAACCGUAACGAAGCAGGUCGUUCAGAUGACAGCAGCACCAACUGCAACCACAGAAAAAUCAACAAUCAAGGACUGGGAGAUCGUGCUAAUCGCAGCUGCAACUAUUGUCUUUUUUCUAUUGGUGGCUAUUGGCGUUUUGGCAGUGAAAUACAGAAACGCUGUUCAGGGUGAAAAGAAGGAGUUGUAUGCCCUUAAUGGAGAAUGGGAAGUAAUGGAGAACGGGCAUAAUGGCUUGAGGGCUCAGCCUGGUUACAAGAGUCGUAACGGACCGCAGAGCUAUGUGUCUCCAAUGUAUGGACAAAUACCUGGAUCUGAUAACAAGGCAUAUCAGCAUGACAGUGCGUUGUAGGUUUAAUGAGCAAAACCGUUAAUGUAGUCAAAAAAUCAACCAGUUUCAUCCUAACAGUCGGUUUUAGAACGAAACGACUUUAAUUUAGAUAUUUAAGCGAUUCCAAGUUGACUGUAAUUUCUCACUUGACUCCACGUGCGAUAAAUUCGUUACAUACUAUUUCAGAAAAAAAGACAAACAUUUGAGGGAUUUAAGGAUCUAGAAAAUGUAACCGACAUUGAACAUACGUACACAGUUUUUUUCACGAAGUAUUUUACCACUGUCCAGCUAACGAACAGAUAAAUUCAAUGCCGUGGGCCCUUUUGGUUACAGAUCGGAUACUAAGUCAACUUGAAGUGUUGAGAGAAUCAAUGAUCAGUUACACUCUCGCCUGCGUCUCGUGUGCAACUUUUUGUUGGUACAUCAUUUUGACAUGUCAUGUACUUCUUAGCUUACAAAGACAGCGAAAUGAUAUCUGCAAAGCUGGAAAGACUAAACUAAUUUGGCGCACGUGCGAAUCACCUAAGAUUUUGUAAGAUGUUAUUCUACCUAAAAUAGCAAGGACAAAAAAGAAAAUUUGAAUCAAGAACAGCAGUACGUUCGCGUGAAUAAUGAAACUGUGUCGGUCAUCCUCAGAGGUACUUGUGCAGCGGGAAAUAUUUGUUACUUAACGCAAACUUAACGAUGCAGAGAACUUAGCGAGUAACGAUAAGCCAAAGGGCUAGAACAGUUUUUCAAGUUUACUUUCUGAUAUGCUUAGGGUUAACUUUCGCCUCAAUACAGUUAAUAAAUUGGUUUCUCUUUU